AUGAUGCUUUUUUUUCCAUGGAAUGAGGAUAUACUGUCUGCACUCCUUUUUGGUAGUGUUUCGCAAGCUAACAUAGCAACUGUAGUAUUUAACUGUUCAAAAAAUAUCGAUGAGGCAUUGGACUUAGUACGAUUUGUCGAAAGUUCAUUACCUUCUAACGUUGAUUUUCUGGGGACUUUAUCUCUUGUUGGUGUUAUUUGUCCUUUUGAUUUAAACUCACUGGCAACAUUUAUGAAUACUAAACAUUUCCUGUUAUUGUUUGCUGAUGUAUCAUCUUUAAAACUUCGAGACAUUGACGCUAUCAUCAAGCUGAAUAAAGAAAUUAAUUUACGGCCUCUUGGUGAGAAAUCGAAUGAUGGGUAUGUGAUUCAGACAUCGUUGCAACUUAAUGUUAAUAUAAAUAUGAGUAAAAAAAGAAUAAUCAAUAAAGAAAUCACGAGUGCAUUAUCUACCAAGUUGGUUGAUAUUGAAUCUUUAUGCUUUAUUCCACCAGAUAAAAGUUUCAUCUUGGGUCGAACUAAACUAGUCGAUAGGAAGCAAUUUAACAAGCGAAUGCUGGAGAUGAGUGAAUGUUUAUUUGGUGGGAAAAAAAUAGUGAGUUUCACUCCAGUGAUUCCAAUCAGCAAGGAUUUCGAUGUUUCUUCAUCUAAACUUUCUCCAAUUGUAAAAAUCAGAAAAGAUCUUGCUGUAUUUUGCAACUUAAAAGUUCUGCUGUGCUCGGUAACUGGAGUGGAAUUGAGUAAUAGUCCAGUAGAGAUUCUUCUUUCAUUGCGAAAAGCUCUAAAACGAACAGUUUAUCUUGUUGACCGAUGCUUACAUGAAUUUAUCGACUCGAAUUCCAAAGUUUUGCAGAAGUUAGUAAACAUUAGUUGUGGUAUUUUUUCAACCAGUAUCGGACUUCUGUCGCUAGUUUAUCCUCGCAUCGAUAAUGAAGUCAUGUUGCGAAAUUAUCGUGCUAAACUGCAUAGGAUUUUCAAUCUUCCUACUAAUAAACCAAUGCUUAGACCUUCUCUAUCGCUCCAGUUCAGGCAUCGAAAUUCGAAGAUGUUAGAAAGUCCUCAUCUUCAUAUCAAAUCUUAUAAAUCAAAGGGAGAUAUCUCUCUUGUUAGUGGCUCAUACAAUUACUAUCACUAUAUGCAGGAUGGAUUGAAUGAUAGUGGAUGGGGUUGCGCUUAUCGUUCUCUGCAAACAAUUUGGUCGUGGUUUAUUCUUCAAGGAUAUAUAGACAAACCUGUUCCGACUCAUGUUGAUAUUCAACAAGUACUUGUCAUUUUCCUACGCAUUUUAUACGAGUGUGGCGAUAAGGAUGCAAAUUUUGUUGGGAGUCAUCAGUGGAUUGGAUCUGUAGAGCUUGCUUAUUGCUUAGAAAAUAUGGCUGGUAUUGAAUCACGCAUGUUGACAACUAAUUCGGGAAGGGAUGUAGUUGCAAAUAUUCGUCAGUUGGCUCAUCAUUUCAAAAUAUAUGGUACACCUGUUAUGAUUGGUGGUGGAAUGUUGGCUCAUACGAUUUUAGGUGUCGACUUCAAUGAAUCAACAGGACAGUCGUCAUUUUUGGUUUUAGAUCCUCAUUACUGUGGUGAUGAAGAUUUGCAGGCUGUGAUAAGUAAAGGUUGGUGUGGUUGGAAAAUGCCGAGUUUUUGGAAAGAAGAAUGCUUCUACAACUUACUUUUACCUAUACCGCCACAAGAUAUCUUUUAG